UGUGAAUAGAUUUCAGUCUAGAGUGAUCAAUAAAUCCCAGCCCACCCCCACCCCCAAAGCUGAACCGAUACAGCAGCCACAAUCAUCCCAAACAGCGACGCAGUUCCAAGACGACAGUAGUGCAUUCAAUGAUGACUGGAGUAAAAGUUUCUCGGGACUCUCUACUCAGCGUGUCUCCCCUGAAGUUGAGAAUAUAUUAAUGCAACCUGUCGAUGCAUACGAUGUGGAAGUCAAACCAGAUGGACUUAUAUAUCUCCCUGAGAUAAAAUACAGACGUAUACUCAACAAAGCCUUCGGUCCAGGUGGUUGGGGAUUAGCGCCUCGUACUAGCGUCCAAGUUGAUAGCAAGAUCGUCAGUAGAGAAUAUGCAUUGGUUUGUGGGGGACGUCUCUUCUCAAUUGCUCGCGGUGAACAAGAGUACUUUGACCCAGCUGGUAUAUCUACAGCAACAGAGGCAGCUAAAUCCAAUGCUCUCAUGAGAUGCUGCAAAGAUCUAGGUGUCGCUAGCGAACUUUGGGACCCGCGUUUUAUUAGAGAAUUCAAAGCAAAGCACGCUAUAGAGUAUUCUCCUGUGUAUCCUAGCUAUCUCACACUAGAUCCCAGGAAGAAGCUCUGGCGCCGCAAGGACAGCCCAAAGCUGACGUACCCAUACAAAGAAGUUUAGC